GACGUCACGUCCGGCGGUACAGCGAGUGCCUAGCGAAGGGUCCUUGGCUCUCUGUCUGAGGCUCAGCGUUUUCUGGAAGUUUCGUGAGGGCGCCGGAGGAGAAGGCAAUCCGUCGCCAUCGGAGGCUGUAGAGGGGAGGCCGGGCGCCGUCAUGCCGGAGAACUUGAGUGCCAAGGGGAGCCUCAUGACCGCCGCCCCGGGGAACCGCGGGAACUCUGGCGGGAACCGCGGCUCCUACCAGGACCGGGACAAGCCCACCCAGAUUCGCUUCAGCAACAUUGCGGCAGGCAAAGCGGUUGCAGAUGCUGUUAGGACAAGCCUUGGACCAAAAGGAAUGGAUAAAAUGAUUCAAGAUGGGAAAGGAGAUGUAACAAUCACAAAUGAUGGUGCAACAAUUUUGAAGCAGAUGCAGGUCCUUCACCCUGCAGCCAAAAUGUUGGUGGAGUUGUCCAAAGCACAAGAUAUUGAAGCUGGAGAUGGCACUACUUCUGUUGUGGUCAUUGCCGGUGCUCUCUUAGAUGCCUGCUCCAGACUUCUUCAGAAAGGAAUUCAUCCCACCAUCAUCUCUGAGUCAUUCCAGAAGGCACUGGAGAAAGGUGUUGAAGUCUUGACCAGUAUGGGACAACCUGUUGAAUUGAGUGAUAGAGAAACCCUACUUAACAGUGCAACUACAGCAUUGAAUUCAAAGGUUGUAUCACAGUAUUCUAGUCUGCUCUCUCCAAUGAGUGUAGAUGCUGUAAUGAAAGUGAUAGAUCCAACAACAGCCACUGGUGUGGAUCUCAGAGACAUUAAAAUUGUUAAAAAGCUUGGGGGAACAAUUGAUGACUGUGAAUUGAUUGAAGGGCUGGUUCUUACCCAGAAAGUAUCCAACACUGGUGUUACCAGAGUAGAAAAGGCUAAGAUUGGUCUCAUUCAGUUUUGCUUGUCAGCACCAAAAACAGAUAUGGAUAACCAGAUUGUUGUUUCUGACUAUACUCAAAUGGACAGAGUCUUGCGUGAGGAGAGAGCCUACAUUCUGAAUUUAGUUAAACAGAUCAAGAAAACAGGAUGCAAUGUGCUGCUCAUUCAGAAAUCUAUUCUACGGGAUGCGCUAAGUGAUUUAGCACUACAUUUCUUGAACAAAAUGAAGAUCAUGGUGAUUAAAGAUAUUGAACGAGAGGACAUUGAGUUUAUAUGCAAGACUAUUGGUACUAAACCAGUUGCUCAUAUUGAUCAAUUCACUGGUGAUAUGUUGGGAACUGCUGAACUGGCUGAAGAAGUAAAUUUAAAUGGAUCUGGAAAAUUAGUGAAGAUUACAGGCUGUGCAAGCCCUGGGAAAACUGUAACUAUUGUGGUACGUGGUUCCAACAAACUAGUGAUUGAAGAAGCAGAACGUUCAAUCCACGAUGCUUUGUGUGUCAUCCGCUGUUUGGUUAAGAAGAGAGCCCUGAUUGCUGGUGGUGGAGCACCAGAAAUAGAAUUGGCAUUACGCUUGAAUGAAUACUCGCGCAUCUUAAGUGGCAUGGAGUCUUACUGUGUCCGUGCUUUUGGAGAGGCCCUGGAAAUUAUCCCAUCUACCCUGGCUGAAAAUGCAGGCCUUAAUCCUAUUUCUACUGUUACUGAGUUGAGAAACAGACAUGCACAAGGAGAGAAGACUGCUGGCAUCAACGUUAGAAAGGGUGGAAUCUCCAAUAUCCUGGAGGAGUUGGUUGUCCAACCAUUGUUGGUAUCUGUCAGUGCUCUGACCCUGGCUACAGAAACUGUCCGCAGUAUCCUGAAGAUUGACGAUGUGGUAAACACUCGAUGAGAGGUCUAAAGGAAAGGAAAGCACAGAUCAGCAACAUGUCAUUUUGAACAUGACGUCUUUACAGAAACUCUGUGUUGGAUAUCUGCUUAAUUCCAAGUUACACUCGUGUACUUUUGUCAAUUUAAAUUAAUAAAGCCUCAAAUUUGAAA